AUACCCGGAAUCCGGAGAUAAAUACGCGAUGUCAGCGCCUCAAGUAGUGGGGACGUGAAACUAUUUUCUAGCAGUUUUGUGUUUUCACUUUACCCAGAGACGUGCAUUCCGCGAAAAAAGUGAUUUUUUUAACUGGAAAAAUGUCUAUCCAGCAGUGCAAAAAGAUUCUAAGGAAGACCAAGAGAUGCCAGAGCAUUAUAGAACAAGACACCGGGAUUAAAUGCACUGACACGGCGGAUUUGAAUCUUGCAAUCUGCAAUGCUGGACUCUCGACGGGAUUACGCCCAGAGGGUGUCCUCGAAACCAUUGGGAAUGUGGGGAAUGUUUCUGAGAUAAUCAUGCUACCUGGAAAGUCAUUUUGUUUUCUCUCAUGCCCCACAAUUGACGAUUCCCAAAGGAUUUUCGACAGAUUGCAUGGAAAGGCAAAACUUGGUCAGAAUCAGGGAGUCAUUUACUUAUCUUUCUGCAAAGAUCUCCCAAAAUUUGAGAAUCCAUGGGAUAGUAGUAUAUCUCCACUUGGAUUAAUAGUCAUUAGGGAUUUUAUAUCAGAGGAGGAAGAAGAAAUACUCCAGAAUUGCGUCAAUUGGUCAGAGGGAGAGAAUUCCGGGAAAGAGCUCAAGCACCGCCAGGUGAAGCAUUUUGGGUAUGAAUUUCGGUAUGGAACUAAUGAUGUAGAUAGUGAUAAACCUUUGAUGGAAAAGAUCCCUGAGGAAUGCCAAAUUCUCUGGCAGAGGAUGCAAGAAAAGCAUCCUGAUAUUGACUGGCCAAUUCCUGACCAGCUUACUGUGAAUAAAUACAGUCCUGGUCAGGGUAUUCCGCCUCACUGUGAUACCCACAGUGCUUUCUCUGGUCCUAUAGUCUCUCUGUCUCUGGGCAGUGACGUUGUGAUGGACUUCAGGAGUGCUUCCGGGGAGAAUUCUUCUGUUUUUCUUCCCAGAAGGUCUCUGCUUUUGAUGACAGGGGAGAGUAGGUAUAACUGGACUCAUGGUAUCACACCCAGGUGUAUGGAUAUCGUGCCCAGUGGCUCAGAUAAUGCAUCCCUGACUGUUCUUAAGAGAUCUACUAGAAUUUCAUUCACUUUCCGGAAGCUUCGGCAGGGGGAAUGUGAUUGCAAUUAUGCCAGGUUUUGUGACACUAAAAAGAGGCAACGGGAGGAAAAAUCCCUAGAACUGGCGGAAAUGGCUGCUAAGGUUGAGGAGGAAAAUGUCCAUAAGAUUUACAAUGAAAUAGCUCAACAUUUUAGCGAAACCAGGCAUUCUCCAUGGCCAAAAGUGGCAGAAUUCAUAGCUAAUCUCCCAUUGGGAUCGUCUCUGGUGGAUAUUGGCUGUGGGAAUGGGAAAUAUCUCGUAUCCAGGGAAGAUAUUGUAAAGAUUGGAUGUGAUAGGAGUGAAGGUCUACUGAAAGUUUGUCAGGAGAGGCAAUUGAAUUCUUUCCUCUGCGACUGCUUGGAACUUCCCAUCCGGGAUAGUUCCGUCAGUGCUUGCAUCAGCAUAGCUGUAAUCCAUCAUCUGGCUUCAGAAGAGCGUCGGAUUCAGGCAGUAAAGGAAAUGGGAAGAAUUCUAGAGAGAUCCGGAAGAGGAUUGAUUUAUGUCUGGGCUAAGAAUCAAGAGGCAGACAAGAAGAAAUCCAGCUAUCUGCGGCAGAACAGGAAGCUCAAUAAGAAGCCCAUUGAAGAAGUCUCUGAGACUGAAAAUCAGAAGAAUGACGAGGAACUUCCUCUCCCUAUUCAUACCAAUCGAACACAAUUCCUCCACAGAGACAUUCUGGUACCUUGGAAGCUCAAAGAUGGCUCGGAUAAUCCCAAGACCUUCCUGCGUUUCUACCAUGUUUUUGAGGAGGGCGAACUUGAGGAACUCUGCAGCAAAGUUAAUGGCAUAAGAGUCAUUCAAUCUUACUACGAUCAGGGAAAUUGGUGCGCAAUCUUCGAGAAAAUCUAACCCAUUUAUUAAUUUUUAGUACAAUAAACAAUUAAAUCCUCUA